ACUGAAAGGAAAACACGGUGGAACGUGAUCGAUAUGUCGCGUCGCAUUGAUUAACAUGAGCGAUUAUACGAGCUUGACCUAGACACGCGCGAACCAUACGCGAUCUUUCCAUGUCGAUCCUUCAUUUCACCAGCGGUAUAAGCAGUUAGUGACGUAAGCCCAAGACCACGGACUGAGGUCGGCUGCGUAUUUCGGGCUGUGACACACAGCAGAUAUGUUUAUAUCAUUCCCUCUCGUUUCCGCUGACUUGCGAAUCGCCCAUCCUUUUCCCUCCGCCAGCAGAUGUAUCGUUGGUGAAUAUUGCCGACCGAAGCCGGGUCCCGGUAAAUCUGUUUGCCACUGUCAGUCGCACAGUCUGAACGCCAAUUCCAUCGAAAAGUCUGUCUCAGUUUCUUGAAACUGCUACGUGGUGCGAUUUGUCUUCACUUCUGUUGAAAACAGUAUUAGUGAUCGGAUUUAAUCGGAUAUACACCACAAGGAACUGACCAUCUCUUUUGCAAAAUUUCGCGAUGGGACGAAGCAAAUCCUCGGAACCGGAAGAGUCGGCGAUGGGCUUCAAGGACAAGCAGAAGGCCCUGGACACGCUGAAGGCUCUGGACGGUCGAGAUAUCAGUUAUCAGUACCACGUGAUCGCUAGUUUCGUGGCUCGCGCGAAAAGAACGCUGCAAAUCACCAGGGACGAGGAGAAGCUGGCCAAUCUUCGCGAAGCGCUGAAAGUGUUCGAGGAUUGGCUAACUGACUACAAGGAGAACAAUCGCAGCAAGGAGAACCUCGCUUACUUGCCAAUCGAGACUAUAAAAGCUUUCAGAACCCUUGCCAACAAAUAUGACAUUCUGGAGGAGGAAUUCUAUAGCGCGUACAAGAAAGAGAAGGGCGACUACAAAAGUCUGCGGGCUGUUAAAACCCGAAGCGGGGAGACCACUUGGGACAUCGAAAGAAAUCGAAGGUUGAAGCAGAUCAUCGAUACGAUCAAACAGAAGCACAUACAAUGGUACGAGACCGACGUCGGUGACUUCCGGGGACUUCCAACUAAGGAACACGUUCAGUGCAUCAUGUUGGGCUACAGUCCAGACCCGGCUAAACUGAAGAAACUCACAGCUCAGGUGGUGGAGAAGUUUGGAUCCGAGAGUAACGAGGACAUGGAGGUUGACGAAAAUGCCAAGAACAAAGGUGUGAAAAGGAGUCAUAGCAGUUCGUCCAGCAACGAGGAGGAGAAUUACGACGAACCGGAUAAAAAGGUCGCAAAACCGUCACCUGAAGGAGAAAAGACUGAGAAAGAGGAGAGCGGGCUCAGUUUCAAAGAUAAGGAGAAAGCUUUGCAGAGUAUCAAGUCGUUGGAGGGUAGGGACGUAAGUUAUCAGUACCACGCGAUCGCCGGCCUGGUGAAAAGGGCUGAGCGAGUGAUAUCGUGCACAAAGGACGAGCAAAAGAUCAAGAACAUGAAAGAAGCCGUCGAAGUAUUCGAGAAUUGGAUCACGGAUUAUAAUGUGAAUGGCCGGGCAAAAGAGAACUUCAAUUAUUUGCCCAUCGAUUUGGUGCAAGCCUUCGAGCCGUUGGCCGACAGAUAUAAGAUCGAGGAUAAUGGAUUUCUUAAAGCGUAUAAGGAAGUGAGAGGAGACUACAAGAAGCUGAGGAACGUUCAAGUUGCAGACAAGAGUAUCACGUGGGACAUAGAAAGGAAUAAGAAUCUACAAAGUCUAGCAGACCGAAUCAAGGAGAAAGGUGUUCAGUGGUACCAGACAGACGAAGAACUUCGAGAUUUGCCUACCGAAGAGCACACCCGAUGCAUAAUGUGGGCCUUCAGCCACGACGCUGGCAAACUGAAGAAACUUUUACCUGCUCUGGCUGAGAAGUUGAAGUCUUAAACGAGAUUAUCAUACAAACUGCAUGCAUCUGUAACCUAUACUCUUAAGUUACGUUUCGCAUGUGCAGACGAAUUUUAGUUUUACUUUUGUUCAACGACACUGGUGUAAUAAAGAUAAUUUAUUUUCACUAUAUACUUC